AUGAUGAGCUCACUCUUAUUAGCAGAUGCUUGGGUCCAGGUAGAAAGGGCCAUUGGCCAACGGCCACAGUUGACGGGCGACGCCUUGGCUAUGCGAGCGCAGUACAAGGCAGUAAAUGACGAGGUCAAUGCAAACCUGGUUCGGUCAACUGAAGUUGCUGUCGAGGACGAGAUACUCGAUGGCAACCUCAGAAUUUGUCUUCUUCUCGCCGAACGCCUGCCUUGCGUCAUAGUGUCAGUGGACUACAGGCUUGCUCCCGAACAUAAAGCUCCUACGCAACUUGAUGACGCCAUCCAUGCCUGGACAUGGGCAUACAAUAACGCGACCAACCUCAACGGUGAUUGCGACAAGUAUUUCGCCAUUGGUCAGAGUGCCGGGGGCAGCCUUGCUCUCUCAGUUGUCCGGCAGCUGGUUGUGCUCAAGCGGAAGCAUGAAAUCAAGGGAGUUGCAGCAAUUGUUCCGUUUACAAUUCAUCCCAAUGCGGUACCCAGACGCUUUUUGGACAGCUACCGGUCGUACAACGAGCUCAAAAACAGCCCUGUGAACACUAGAGAAGCUAUGGAUGUAUUUUACGAUGCCAUCGGUGCGCUGGAGACUGAUCCAGACGUCUACAUUAUCAAUGCAGUUGCGAAUUUUCAUCAAUUCCCUCCAACAUACCUGGUUGUCUGUGAGAUGGAUCCAUUAAGAGAUGAUGGCCUCAUUCUGAAUGAUGCUUUGCAGGCAAGUGGAGUUCCGGUAAAGAUGGAUUUCUACAAAGGUUUACCCCAUGUCUUCUGGGGUUUUAACUGUCCUGCACCGAGCGGAGACUUUGUGGGUGAUGUCAUAAGUGGUGUAAACAGUUUCCUAUGCACUACUACUUAA